AUGUCAGGAGCUAAGCUUAUUACAUUCCAUGGAGAUCUUCCAUACCCAUCUUGCGAGCUUGUGGAAAAAUUCGAGUCUCUUGAUGAGGAAGACAUAGUCGGGGCCGGAGGAUUUGGCACCGUAUACAGAAUGGUCAUGAAUGACUGCGGAACUUUCGCGGUAAAAAAAAUUGACCGGGCAAGAGAAGGUUCCGAUAAGGUGUUCGAGAGAGAACUCGAAAUCUUGGGUAGCAUCAAACAUAUAAAUCUAGUCAACUUGAGAGGUUAUUGUCGAUUACCUACAACAAAGCUUCUUAUAUACGAUUACUUGCCCAUGGGCAGCUUGGAUUAUUUCUUGCAUGACAGUUUAGCCGAAGAACGCCUGCUAAACUGGAAUGCACGUUUGAGAGUAGCCGUUGGGUCGGCCCGGGGAUUGGCUUACCUACACCACGAUUGCUCCCCAAAGAUAGUCCAUCGGGAUAUAAAGUCAAGCAACAUACUACUUGAUGAGAAUUUUGUGCCUCGUGUCUCGGAUUUUGGUCUUGCCAAGCUAUUGGUCGACGAUGAUUCUCAUGUCACGACUGUGGUUGCCGGCACAUUCGGCUAUCUAGCUCCGGAGUACUUGCAGAGCGGUAGGGCCACCGAGAAGUCGGACGUGUAUAGCUUUGGAGUGCUUCUCAUGGAGCUCAUAACCGGAAAAAGACCCACCGAUCCAUCUUUCGUCCAGAGAGGGUUGAAUAUCGUCGGCUGGAUGACGGAGCGUUUGAGGGAAAAUCGGCUGGGUGUCGUGCUCGACAAAAGAUGCUCGGAUGCAGAUUUCGAGACGGUCGAGUUAGUUGUACAAAUUGCUGCAAGAUGCACAGAUGUAAACCCGGACGAGCGGCCCACAAUGCAGCAGGUCCUGCAAAUGCUGGAGCAAGAGCAAGAGCUGAUGACUUCUCCACACCUAACCGAGUUUUACGACUCGCAUUCGGACAAGUGA